AUGGUGCUGCUUAAGAUGAAAUUCACCCAGCAGCGGCGGGUGCGUGUGGCUCAGGGCCUGUGGCUGCUGUCCUGGCUGGCUGUGAUGUGCGGCACCUUUGUCUUUUGUCUGGGACUUUACCUGAAGACAGAGCUGCUCCGGAGGGAUGAGGUGAUGGACAACACAGAGAUCCAUGUGGUGCCCAACAUCCUGAUGAUGGUUGGCUUGGCCUCCAUUGGCACCAACUGGGUUGCCAGUCGUGUGUGUCAGGACUCCUUGGAUCCGAGCCGCUUCCCCCGUUGGAAAGCUUUCCUGCUGGCGUGGUUUGCUGUAGCCACACUGUUGUGUUAUAUGCUCAUCUCUGUGGUGGUGCUCAGCUAUGCUCUGCAAGGACGCCUAGAGGAGUCUCUGAAGGUGGGCCUAAGGAAUGGAAUUCGCUUCUACAAGGACACAGACGUGCCAGGCCGCUGUUUUCAGAAAGAGACCAUCGAUCGUCUGCAGAUGGAGUUUCGUUGUUGUGGAAACAACAACUUCAGGGAUUGGUUUGAGGUUCAGUGGGUGAGCAAUAGAUACCUGGACUUCACCUCCAAGGAUGUCAAAGAUCGUAUCAGGAGUAACGUGGAUGGCCGUUACCUGUUGGAUGGCAUUCCUUUCAGCUGCUGUAACCCCGCCUCCCCUCGCCCCUGUCUGCAGUACCGCCUGACAGAUAACAGCGCCCACCACAGCUACGAAUACCAAUCAGAGGAGCUCAACCUGUACAACCGCGGCUGCAGGCAGGCUCUGACUGACUACUUCAUGGGCCUGAUGAAUUCAACUGGUCCUGGUGUGCUGUCAGUCAUCUUAAUACAGAUGUCAGUGGUUCUGAGCCUGCGCUACCUGCAGACAGCUGUGGAAGGAGCCAUGGCCCUAGAGGACCCAACGGGUGACAGUGAGGGUUACAUCCUGGAGAAGAGUCUGCAGGAAACUUUUGAGGACCUCAAAGCCCAAGUCCUCACCUUGUUAAAGUUUGGCCAAGUUAAUCCAAAUGCAGGGCAGGAGUCUCCUGAGGCUGCAGACCCUGAGAAAGCGUCUGAUGACACCACUGAGUAGGUCGCUUUGACAACUCCUUCCAGCUAGAGGGAGAUGACCAAAACCUGAGCUGAGGAAGUGGGGUUAAUGGGGGAGGGGAAGUCUCAGGUUUCAUGGUUGGUGGCAGGGUAAAAACACACCUGUUGGUUUUGACAUGUAAGGCUUGAUUUACGUUACACCGAAUCAGCAGCAGCUCCCUCGCACAAUGCCAAAACAAGGCAUGAAUCCUAUCAGGUUCUGCACAGA